GCCGCUCGCAGUCUCGCUCCACAACCACAACUAUCCAUCCACUACCGGCUCCCUCCCUCCUCCUGAAAACCCCGACCGCGGGCGAACCAAACCCUAGCGAGCGAGGCGAUCAGCGUCCGGCGACCGGCGACAGAGCGCAAUGGAGACGCGCCCGGCGCCUUGCGACCUCGAGGCGGCCGUGCCCGCGGGCUCCGGGGCUGCAACGGCGGCGGCGGCGCAGCAGGAGGCACCCGCGGCGAAGAAAGUGGCGGAGGAGGAGGAUCCGCGCCUGCGCUGGGCCUUCGUGCGGAAGGUGUACGCCAUUCUCUCCCUCCAGUUCGCGCUCACCGCGGCCGUCGCGGCCACCGCGUGCCUCGUCCGCCCGAUCCCGCGCUUCUUCGCCUCCGGCCCCCCCGCCGCCGUCUGGUCCACGUACAUCGCGAUCCUCCUGUCCCCGCUCAUCGUCAUGUUCCCCAUGCUCAAGUACAGGGAGAAGCACCCCAGGAACCUCGUCCUGCUCGCCGUAUUCACUCUCUGCUGCAGUCUCAGCAUCGCCGUCUCCGCCUCCACCACCCUCGGCACAGUGGUCCUGCAAGCUACCAUCCUCACAGCUGCUGCUGUCCUGGGGCUCACCCUCUUCACCUUCUGGGGCGUCAAGAGGGGCUACGACUUCACCUUCACGUUCCCCUUCCUGUUCGCCUGCCUCGUCGUGCUGCUGGUGUACAUCAUCAUCCAGGUCUGCUUCCCGCUGGGAAGGGUAGCCAUGACCAUCUACGGCGUCCUGGCCACCGUGGUGUUCUCGGGCUUCAUCGUCUAUGACACCAACAAGCUGCUGAAGCGCCACGCCUACAACCAGUACGUGGUGGCAGCCAUCUCCCUCUACCUGGACGUCAUCAACCUCUUCAUGGCCCAGAUGGCCAUCUCCUUCCAGUGAUGGAUUGCGGGUCUCACCUGUACGGCUGUACCCCAUGCAUGACGGCGCCUCGCCCGUCUGGUACAUGGUGGAUCACACAUCCACAUAGCUUCGCAAGUCGAGCUGUCUUUCAUUAUCCUUAUCCUAAUACUGGUAGUACCAAUAGCAUUACAGUCCUACAGAUCUGUAAUUGGCUGGCCACCCUUCAGCUGAGACAGUAUA